CUGCCGUGCGAGAGAUCCAGGCAGCAGAGCAGAGCGCCGCACAGCUCCCGGCACCGCAGCAUGCAGAACGGAGACGUCAUGAGACAGCGGCCCCGGGUCAUCCAGAUCUCCCGCACCGCGGCCUUCAGCGCCUGCCACCGGCUGCACUGCAAUUCUCUCAGCGACGAAGACAAUAAAAAAAUCUUUGGCAAGUGUAACCACCCUAACGGACAUGGUCACAAUUACCGAGUGAUCGUCACUGUACGAGGAGAAAUUGACCCGAUCACCGGGAUGGUCAUGAACCUGACAGAUCUGAAGAAAUACAUGGAGGAGGCCAUUAUGAUUCCUUUGGAUCAUAAAAAUUUGGACCUUGACGUUCCUUUCUUCCAAACCGUUGUAAGUUCCGUAGAGAACGUAGCUGUAUUUAUUUGGGACAGCCUUAAGAAGAAGCUUCCGCCCGGACUACUUUAUGAAGUGUGUGUGCACGAGACAGACUGCAACAGUGCCACGUACAGAGGGGAGUGAAUCUGCACCUGCCGAAAUCCAGAGUGCCAGAGGCUUCCUCUUACUGAAUGGAGUUUAGCCCCAACUGUAUGACUGCGCACAAAAUGCAAUCUCUAGCCAUAAAACUAUGAGCUUCUCAAUGUAUUAAGAUACAACUUCAAAGGUCCAAAUAGUUUUAGUGCCCUUUAUAGCAAAUUUUUGGAGCAUACAUUGCUACCAGUGAGUAUUUUCAAGGUAAAAUUCUAUUUUGCAGAGAAAAAAAUAUAUUUAAAAAAAAAAUUAAAAAAUAUUUCUAUAUUUCUGAAACAGUUUUAACAUACUCUUUAUUUUAAUAUAAGACAGAACCAGUAAGCUGUGCCUCCCACCAGGCGUCAUAUCAUAUGUAGGUAGAUCUUCAGUAUUAUGAACCUGCAGGAUAUUUCAUGAGAUAGCAACGGUUCCUCGGUCUUGCAGUAUUUCAGAGUGAACAUAUAGUUAUAAUCAUUGUAAGUAUUGGAUAAUGCUAAUAUGAACAGUAGCGUAUGUCCUGGGGUAAUAUUAGCUCAGAGAUAUAUACUAUGCAUCUCCUUAGCAUGUAUCAUUGGCAUAUCUUUAAAGGGAAUUUGUCCCCAGCGACCUCCCUAUCCAACUGUUUGCAUAGACACAUAGCUGUGGUUCCUGAUUAACCCCUUUGCUACCAGCACCGUACAUGUAUGGUGCUGGAGCGAAGUGCAAACAUGGCAUCAUGGCAGCAGAGACCUGCAGCUAAUGACCGCGACCAGCAAUAAUGCCGAUCGUGGUCAUUAAAGCCUUUUAGAUGCCGUGAUCAAGUGAGAUCACGGCAUCUAAAGGGUGAAAAACGCGGAAGUUCCUGGCUUCUAAUAAUCGGCAACUUCUGCAGCCAAUGAGGAUGUCGUAAUUGAAUUAAAUGCACUGGGUAUCUCUGAAGAGACCCAGGGUAUUGAAGCUGCAAUUCUUAGCCAGCAUAAGAAAUGAGCAAUUCUGUACAAAUAAUGGAUCUAAAAGAUCCAUGGUUGUUCAGAAUAAAAAAAAUAUAUAAAAUUUUGUAGGCUCAAAUAUGAGCUUUAAAAAAAAAAAAAGUUUUAUGUAAGAAAUUAAAAAUAUAAAAGUUUAAAUCACC